UUCAGCCUGCGGAGGUCAGUCACAGUUCAGCGGUCACAGCUGCGCUGAGAGGCGGAAGAAGACGCUCUCAGUGCGGCAGCAGUCAGUCAGCGAGUCGGUGAGUGAGGAGCGGUUAGCUGUUAGCUGCUAUGAGAUGUUAGCAUCAGAGAUCCAGGAAGUAGCUGUUAGCUGUUAGCUGUUAGCUCACCUUUAGUUACCUCCACCGGGUUGUUGUUGAAGGAAACCCGCCGCCAGCUUCACUACCAGGUGUCCGGGCGUCCGGUCGCGACUGUACUUUUGGUCAGGAUCUGCACUGUUUGGCUGUAAAUGUGACAGACGCCAUCACCAACACAUCCAGCCUCGCUAUGGGUCAGGACAGGGGGAAGUAUGAUUUCUACAUCGGUCUGGGACUGGCCGUCAGCUCCAGCAUCUUCAUUGGAGGCAGCUUCAUCCUCAAGAAGAAAGGACUUCUGCGGCUGGCCAGGAAGGGCUCGAUGCGAGCAGGUCAGGGUGGUCAUGCAUAUCUGAAGGAAUGGCUCUGGUGGGCCGGUUUACUAUCAAUGGGAGCUGGUGAAGCAGCUAACUUCGCAGCAUAUGCCUUCGCUCCAGCGACCCUGGUGACCCCACUGGGAGCCCUCAGCGUGCUCGUCAGUGCGGUACUGUCGUCGUACUUCCUGUCGGAGCGGCUGAACCUGCACGGGAAGCUGGGCUGCCUGCUCAGCAUCCUGGGCUCCACCACCAUGGUGAUCCACGCUCCAAAGGAGGAGGAGAUCAGCAGCCUGGAGCACAUGGCCAAGAAGCUGGUCGACCCAGGGUUUUUCAUCUUUGCCACCCUCGUCAUCAUCGUGGCCCUCAUCUUCAUCUUCGUCGUGGGUCCCCGUCACGGUCAGACCAACAUCCUCGUCUACAUCACCAUCUGCUCAGUGAUCGGGGCGCUGUCGGUGUCCUGCGUCAAAGGACUGGGCAUCGCCAUCAAGGAGGCGAUCGCCGGGAAGAAUGUGGUGAGGAACCCGCUGGCGUGGAUCUUGCUUCUGGGUCUGGUGGCGUGCGUGAGCACGCAGAUCAACUACUUGAACAAGGCCCUGGACAUAUUCAACACGUCCCUGGUGACGCCCAUCUACUACGUGUUCUUCACCACGUCCGUGCUCAGCUGCUCCGCCAUCCUCUUCAAGGAGUGGGGUCACAUGGGUACGGGCGACGUCAUCGGCACCCUCAGCGGCUUCCUCACCAUCAUCGUGGGGAUCUUCCUGCUCCACGCCUUCAAAGACGUCAGCGUCAGCUUGGCGUCGCUCGCCGUGUCCAUGAGGAAGGAGGAGCGGGCGUUUCCAGCGGCCAACGGCAUGGCGUCCCACUACGACCUGCUGCAGAACACCGAGGACAUGGAGGACAGAGAAAUGGGUUUGCCUUUCGACAGCGUCUCCAGAAGAAACGGGGCGAUGACGUCCUCGUUGGAUCAUUGAGGAACGCUCUCUCAGCUGCCUACUGACUCACCAACCAUGGCGUCGUUGUUGCUCACGACGACAAUCAGACAAUCAACUGUGCGGGGACGUGGACGGACCAGUGGAUUGUAUUUAAUGUUUUAAUUUGCCUUACUUCUCUCAGAAUAUGAGCCGUCAUAUUCCGUUAAUUUCAUUCCUCUGUAGCGCUGUAAAUAUGAGUUUUUUUAAAAGAAAUGUUUUGUUAUAUGUACAUGCAUAUUCAUGCACUGACUUACUUUCUAUAAAUCAAAAGGUUUUAAUAAUAUAUAUUCUAUAUGAGGUCCUGCUGACGAUGACGACAUUUAAAAAGAGGACGGUCACUAUGAUUUGAGUUUUUCGUGAUACUUGAACGUAACAAACAUUUGAGUUGGAGGUCGUUCUGAACUUUUGUUUUGUAGCGUUUACAUGAGAAGCUCCGGAGAUGAACCAACAGAUUUGUUACAUAUUUAUUGAAUUAAAAUGAUUAAAACAUUUGAAAACACAAGGCACGGUGAAUAAAUGCUUAACAUGA